AUGGAAACCUUUACAAAUAGGAACGGUUUGAAAAUAGCUUAUAAAUUUUCCAUAAAAAAUCCAGAAGACAAAAGAAUUUAUAUAGUCCUCCAAUUUGUGUUUUUCGAUAUGGAUUUUCUUAUUUACAGUUUUUUCAGCCAAAGUUUAGAAGUUAACACUUUUCGAUUCGAUUUUCCUGGGAAUGGUAAAAGUGAUGGAGAAUUUACUUAUGCAGGCCAUAUUAGUGAAGCUGGAGACAUAGACGAUGUUGUAAAAUUUUUAGUAUCCCGAGGCUAUAUAGUUGAAGGUAUUAUCGGGCAUUCAAAGUCAGCAACUGUCUCAAUUAUUUAUUCUGCCUUAUACGGUGAGGUAAAAAUUAUAAUUGCUAUUUGUCCAAAAUUUCAUAAGGGACUUAUCCCAGACUAUAUGGCACAGCAUGACGCGAUUAUUAAUUCAAAUGGAGAAAUAGUUCGCUACGCAUUUGGGUGCACAAGAGAAAUGGCUCAAGAAAUAUUGAAAAUUGAUAUGAAAUAUUAUUGUCAGAGGGCACGAGGCAAUAUUUAUAUUCUUCAUGGAUACGAAGAUGAGGUCGUAGCUUAUUCAGACUCUUUAGAGUUUGUAAAAGAGCUUGGAAGGAGAUGUAAAGGACAUUUUGCGUUAAAUUGUGAUCAUAUGCUUACUGGAGCAUUAGAUGAUGUAGUUACCAUUAUUAGCCAAAUUAUUCGUGAUAGUUAA